AUGCUACAGAUGGAGUAUGAUAUUAAAUACCCCAGCUUAACCAGUGUGUACGACACAAGGUAUAAAGCCCGUAUUCCAACACGUGAAGACGUUAUUGACCGUUCGCACAAUCCACUUUUCACUUCGUAUGAAGAAGUUUAUGAAGCGGAAUUUCCACAUAAAAAGUUUGAACCGAGAGCUAUUCCAGGCAAAGGGAGAGGGUUGAUAGCGUUGGAAGACAUUAAAAAAGGUGAAAUGGUGUUCAAAGAGAAGGCCACACUUUUGUUUGUAGGUGAGGAAGAUGAUGAAGAAUCCAAUAAAGACUCGACAUUUUAUAUGGCUCGCGAUGUUUACAUUCAAAAGGCAUUUUGCACUCUCGAUUUUGCUUUACAAUUAGCGCAGAACCCCAACCGCAAUGCUGAAUUUGAGGAACAUGUUAAAUUCAUUACAGAGACACUCAGGAAUGAUCCCGAAGUUAAAUAUGAAGUAAAGAAAGAAGAUGUGCUCAAGGUAGUCAAUGGUAUUCACACAAAUUCAUUUUCACUUGACUUUGUUGAUGGGUAUGCAGUCUUUAUUGCGUGUUCAUUGGCUAACCAUUCGUGUUGUGAAAACGUUGGAUGGCAUACUGUAGGCGAUGUCAUGUACUGGACUGCAUUAACUGAUAUCAAAAAGGACACUGAGAUCACCCUCUCAUACACAUUCCCUUCUAUUCGUCCAAAGCGAAUCAAAUAUUUCCAAGACAACUACGGGUUCACUUGUGAUUGCCCCAUGUGUAGAGCUCCACACGACCCUUGGAGAGCAUUUAAAUGUAGUUGUGGUGGUAUCAUCUUCCCAGAACCAGAAGGAUUUAUUUGUCACACAUGCCACGUAUGCGCAACAGAAGAGGAGAUUGAGGAAUUCAAAAAAGAAGAAAAUUUCAUGCUCGAGAUGGACAAGAACAAGCGUCAUAGGAGGUACUAUAACCCACUCAGAAAAAUGCAUGACACACACUUGUAUAUGUUUAGAGCAGUUAAGAAAUAUAUUUCAAUGAAGGCGUGUGCCAACCCUCUCCAACUCUUUAAAGAGUAUUUAAUCCCCGUUUCAAAGUAUCAAGUCAGUUUUUCACAUGGUAGAAUAUAUCCCGCAAUGUUAGAACAAUACGGCGUGACUUGUAUGAAGUACUCCAGAACCAUGCCAGACUUACUUAACUAUUUAAAAGAAGAAGCGCUCGCCUCGUUCAAAACCGCGUAUGAAUAUCGAUGUACUCUUGGGAUGGGGGUAACCGGGUAUGCAGCUGCCGUGUUUAAAGAACACAUUGCAAUACUUAACCCAGACAAUUUAGCCAGCUUCACUGAGUAUGAUGAGUUCUAA